UUUUAUUAAAUAUAUAUUAGGCUUAUAUCAAUAUUAUAGACAGAAGACACUUAAAAAUUUGUAACCAGACAUAAUUUCCUUCUCGAACUCAAGUAUAUAAACUCGACAUUAUUUCUUAGAUCGCACUUAGCGAGUGUAUACUGUGCAAGAAAUUGGAACGUUUAGUUGCAGCUUGUCAAUUGGCAGGGACGGAAGUGAAAGCGCCGACAGUACUUAAAGUGGCAUACAAGGACGUACUAUCCCAGCCAAAAUGAAUAUUGAAAUGGGUGUUUUCGACCUGCUCAAGCUAACCGCCAAGCUCAUCGGCCACAAGCUCGAACAGUACAAUCUGGCCACAAAGGUCACAACGAUUCUUAGCAUUCCCAGCGGUCGCGUGCGAGGACUUCAGCGUAAGACCCUCUAUGAUCAGAACACCUAUUUUGCCUUCGAGGGAAUACCAUAUGCUCAGCCUCCGUUGGGCGAGCUGCGUUUUCGAGCUCCUCAAUUUCCAAGUCCCUGGGAGGGCGUCAGGGACUGUACGUAUGCUCGCGCCAAGCCAAUACAGCAACAUUUUGUGAUGCAUGUGGUGGAGGGUUCCGAGGAUUGUCUCUACUUAAAUGUCUACACAAAGACGCUAAAGUCGGAAAAACCCCUGCCUGUCAUGGUUUGGAUAUAUGGAGGUGGCUUUCAGAUUGGCGAAGCUACAAGGGACGUACACAGUCCAGAUUACUUUAUGCAAAAAGACAUUGUUCUAGUCACAUUCAACUAUAGACUCGGCGCUCUAGGUUUUCUCAGUCUACCCGAUCGAGAUUUGGAUGUGCCCGGCAACGCUGGCCUUAAGGACCAGGUAAUGGCCAUUCGCUGGGUGCACGAUAACAUCGCGUACUUCAACGGCGAUCCGAACAACGUAACGCUGAUGGGCAUGAGCGCAGGCGCUGCUUCCACGCAGAUUAUGAUGACAACAGAGCAAACGCGAGGUCUAUUCCAUAAGGCGAUCAUGAUGUCGGGCUCGUCGUUGUGCGACUGGGCCAAUGAACCGAAUCACAAGUGGCCAUAUCGGCUGGCCUGUCAGCUGGGCUAUGAGGGCACCGACAAUCAAAAGGAAGUGUUUCGCUUUCUACAGAAAGCCCCGGCUAAAGAACUAACUGCCGGCUCAACGUUGCAGAAUCAGGAGGAGCUACGUGACUACAUACUCUUUCCUUUCGGACCUGUCGUCGAGCCUUACGUUAGCGAAAGUUGUGUUAUCUCGCGACCACCAGUGGAAACGCUGUCCGAGGCGUGGGGCAAUGAGCUGCCUGUGAUCAUUGGUGGCACCUCGUUUGAGGGUCUCUUCUCCUACCAGGCAAUACUGCGGGAUACGGCGUAUAUGCUAAGUGCCUUCGAUGCCAUCAUACCUAGAGAGGUGCAAGGCGUAUCCACGCCAGCGGAACUGAAAGAGCACACCAGACGCCUGAAGGUGAAAUUCUUCGAGGAUCCCACGCGAGGCCGCAUGGAGUUCAAGGAGUGCCUGCAAUUGCUUUCCUUUAAGCAGUUCUGGCAUGGCAUCCAUCGAACUGUGCUCGCUCGCCUCCGCUAUGCGCCGACCACACCCACCUACCUCUAUCGCUUUGAUUACGACUCGCCCACGUUCAAUCACUACCGGAUCCUGUUGUGUGGACGCCAUGAGCGAGGCGUCUCCCAUGCUGAUGAUCUGUUCUAUCUAUUCUACAGCAUUCCCGCCUUCAAACUGGACAAGUCCUCAGAGGAGUAUCGCACAAUAGAACGUAUGGUCGGUAUGUGGACGGCAUUCGCGAUGAACGAUAGUCCCCAGUGUCCUCAGCUAGAACCUGUCCGCUGGGAGCCUCUCGAUUCGAGCGCCGAUCCCAUGUGCCUCAACAUUAGUCGACAUGUGCAGUUCAUAGAAUUGCCAGAGAUCAAUCAUCUGAGAACCUGGGAUAGCUUCUAUGAGAAACUGCCGUUGUACUAGCCUAGUAGAUAUUGAAGAGGGAACGAAAUUGUGGCAAAUGUUCAAUAAAAAUAUGGUUUGUGAGGACAUUGGUUAAAUAAAUAAGCACUAGAUAAGUGCAGUUU